GGAAGGCUCCAAUGCCGCGACCUCACUACAAACCCCAAGAACCCAACGGCUGUAGCUCCUAUUUUCUGGGGCUCAAGCUAGAUUUGGGCAUCCCUGCCAUGACCAAAUGCUGUAAUCAGCUGGACAUUUGUUACGACACCUGUGGAGCCAACAAAUACCGCUGUGAUGCCAAGUUCCGCUGGUGCCUCCACUCCAUCUGCUCCGACCUCAAGCGCAGCCUCGGAUUCGUCUCCAAGGUGGAAGCUUGCGAAUCCGUCGCAGAUGCAGUGUUCAAUGCCGUCUGGACCCUGGGCUGCCGGCCCUUCAUGAACAGCCAAAGGAGCGCCUGCAUUUGCAACGAGGAAGAACGAGAUGAAUUGUGA